UAGUUUUGAUGUAUUUUCUUGUCAAUAGAACACGUUUGAGAAAAUCGCGUUUUAGUGUGGUAUUGUUAAAAAGUGAUUGAUUUGGUUGCGGCGUUCUUAAUAAAUUAUAAAUAAAAAGAUAUUAGCUUUUAUUUGUGUUGUUUAUCAUGUCUCGAGACGGGGCAGUUUUCAUAGCGGGCUGCAAUAAAUGCAGCGAGAAAAUCUUCGACAUCUCUGUGAAUGACGGAGACGAGAAAUUCCACGACGAGUGUUUCCUCUGCGACUUCCGGGACAGUUCAUUCGAGUGCAACAAACAGCUGAAGAAUCUCGAAUUUCAUCGGAAGGGAGGCAAACGCUUCUGUUCCCAGUGCUAUGCGGACUUCAUCGCCGAAACAUGCCACAAGUGCACCCAAAAGAUUAUUGGGACGCGCAUGAUGCGGACGCAGGGCGACAACAAGCACUUCCACUUCGACUGUUUCACCUGUGUCAAGUGUCCCCCCUCGCAGAACCAGAUAGGGGAGCUGCCCUUCACCAGAGUGGGCGGGGAUUUCGUCUGUCAGAAGUGCUACAAGAUCGAACACCCAGACAAGGAGUGCAAGAUAUGCGGAGACGUGAUUACAUCAUCGGCAGUGAAGGACAACCUAGGCAGCAUCUACCACAGAGGCUGCUUCACUUGUGCCGUUUGUGAGCACGAACUGGCAGGGAAGAAGUACAUUAACAGGGACAGUGAGAGGUACUGCAAGGACUGCUUCGACUCACACAAGGCACCCCUCUGCUGCAAGUGCGAAAACAGAAUCAAGUCCGACGCCCAAGUGCUGACUUAUUCUCAGAGGAGCUACUGCAGGGACUGCUUCAUAUGCCACUCGUGUGAGAGAUCACUGGCCAACAAGUCCUUCUAUGACCUCGGAGACCAAGUGGGGUUCGAGUGCACGGAGAAAGACGAACGUGGAAACUGCAAGUGAUGCAACAGCUAAGAUUCUAGAAUAUACUGAAAGUUUCUAGAUUGUUCCUGGAGCAAUAAUGUAAUUUCAAUCGGAACUAUAGCAGAUGUGAAAUACCAUUUUCAAGAAUUUGAAGAAUAUUAUUUUUGGCCUUAAAACUUGGCAACUGUAAAUAAAAGCUUGUACAGAUUUAUUUUGAAUUCAAAUUUAAGUUCAAUUAGGAUAUAAAA